AUGUCACGAAAGCCCGCCGAUGUGGCGUCAAAGGAACGCAAUGAGUACAUUCCAUCCUUUAUCUCCAAGAAGCCGUUCUAUAUCGACGAUGAUUCUUCCGCAAACGACUAUUUAGAGCAUCAGCGUCUACAUAAGUCGACCACUGACCAGUCGAAAUGGUACGAGCGCGGAAAGCGUGUCGGUCCAGCCGCCACCAAAUAUCGAAAAGGAGCUUGCGAAAAUUGUGGCGCCAUGACACACAAAACAAAGGAAUGCCUAAGUCGGCCUCGAAAACAAGGCGCUAAGUGGACAGGCAAAGAUAUUCAAGCCGACGAAGUUGUACAAAAUGUUGAUCUGGGAUGGGACGCUAAAAGAGAUCGAUGGAAUGGUUAUGAUCCUAGCGAAUACCGCCAAGUUGUAGAGGAGUAUGAAGAAUUAGAAAAGCUGAAACGGGCUACGAAGAAAGAUGUCGAGAAUGGGCAGAAGACAAUUACAGAUGGCGGCCCGGAUGAUGAAGAUGCGUCGCAGGAAGAGGCACGAUAUGCCGAAGAAUCUGACAUGGGAAGACAGCAAAGCACCGCCACUCGCAACCUACGAAUUCGGGAGGAUACUGCAAAAUACCUGCUGAAUCUUGAUCUUGACUCUGCCAAAUAUGAUCCUAAGACACGCCGAAUGGUUGAUAUGGGUGCUCAGGAUGAUCAAGCCGCAGCUCUUGUCGCGGAGGAGAAUUUUGUUCGCGCUUCCGGUGAUGCGGCCGAGUUUGAGAAGGCUCAAAAGUACGCAUGGGAAGCACAAGAACGUGGCUCACAAAAGAUCCACUUACAAGCAAAUCCGACGUCCGGGGAAAUUUUGCGGAAAAAGGAGAAAAUCGAAAGCGAGGAUAAACGUCAAGCUCAGCGAAAAGCACUAUUGGACAAGUAUGGUGGACAGGAACAUCUAACGCCGACUCCACUUCGACAUACAAUGGUCGUCGAGAACGAAAGGUUCGUAGAAUAUGACGAAACUGGUGCUAUCAAGGGUGCACCUAAAAAGGCGGCCAAGUCAAAAUAUGCUGAAGAUAUCUUCACCAAUAAUCACACUUCUGUAUGGGGAAGCUGGUGGCACAACUUUGAGUGGGGCUAUGCUUGUUGUUUCUCAACAGUUAAGAACAGCUACUGUACCGGAGAAGAUGGAAAGAAAGCCUUCGAGGAAGCAGACAAAAUGCUGAUGUUAAUGGAGAAUGAUGAGAAAGCUGAAGCCCCCGAUGAAAGCACCGAGACAGCUAAUGCACAUGUGUCUCGGAGUCCUCAAGUACAGACAGAGCAGACAGAGCCCAGGACCACUUCGAAAAAGAGGACGUUAAUGGAAAUACAGUCCGGUGUUACGGAGGAGGAAUUGGAGUCGUAUAAGCGGAGCUGUCUUGCUGCGGAAGACCCUAUGGCUGCGUUCAUAGGGAAAGACGAAUUUGAGCAAUAG